UUACCGGAAAGUGUAAUACACAGCAGCCCUGACCUCGUCGGAAGUUUGUUAUGGUGCUGGUUGGGUAGCCGGAAUAAGAUUGUCGGGUGCUGAGAUGAUAGACAACAUGUGUGAGAACUGGAGUAUGGUGGCGGAAAUCGUCCUCUUUUUCGAAGGUUACAGUGAGGAGACGGAACAGAUCCUCUGCUUCUGCAGCAGAGCCUACGUCCAUGAUCGGAAACUUUACAGGAUGGGAUUAAUGGGGACAUGUUAUGACUAUGAAGAUAAUGGAGUUUCAGUUGUCUGUUCUCCAUCUGUAUCUGAUGCAAAACAGCCAGGAGGCCUGGGUUCAAGUCCCGCUUUCUCCAAAGAUAUCCAAGAGGAAGACGAAAAGAGUGAAGAAGACUUGAACAUUAAUGAACCCACUCUUAAUACUGUAGACACUCAGGAGGAAAACAGAGUGGAUAGUGAGGCAGAACUGAUGGCAAAUAUGGGAUUACCUCUCCAGUUUGGAAGUUCUUCUAGCAAUAGACAAUCAGUGCCAAUUGCAGUUUCAAAGAAAAAGACCAGAAAGAAAAAACUAAAUUAUCAACAUGCUGAGGAUCUGACUGAAGUUUGUAAAGAGUAUCCAAAAGAGUUUUUAAAUGGCGUUUCUGAUGUAACUGGCUUAGAGUUGACUGAUAGCAAAACAGAUUUUGAAAUGGAAAAUACUGGUGUUGAUCAUUCAAAUGAUGGAGCAGUGGUUCCUGAGCUCGGGUCCAUGCCAGACUGGGAUAAAUAUUGGAAUCAGUAUGGUGAGGGUAUUCUUUGGGAAAAUUGGUUGAGCAAACACCCUGAGUGGUCAGAAGACUCACUUGCACCUUGGAACUCCCUUGAUACUAAGGAGCAGUGGCAACAGUUUUAUGCUGAUCAAUAUUGGCUGUAUUAUGAGCAGUUUCAGUACUGGAUAGAUCAAGGAUGGUCUGUGGAUUGGACUAAAGAAAGUGAUUUUGGGAAAGAUCUAUUUUGCACAAAUGCAGAUGAAACAGAAGACACUUUCAAUAAUACUGCAAAUAAUUCUCAUGAACAUUUCAAGACUCUGAUGUCAGUAGAAUCUACCAAUGCAUCAAAUGGUAAUGAAGUUGGUUAUGGAGAGAUUGUCAGUUUGAUCAAUGAUAUCAGACUCCGUCCAGAAAGUGAGACCAAGCAAUCAACUGGCAUGAAUAGCAAUAUCUGCUGGAAUUUUGCUGAUGCUGCAGUUUCAUGUGUGUAUGCUGCUGAUGAGAAAGAACCAUGUAAUGGAGACAACAGCAAAAGAUCUGCAUCUGAUGGAACUAUCUCCACAGUUCAUUCAGCAGAUUCUCAUAAAACUUCCAACAAAGCUUUAAAAACUGAUAUGACAGCAGGAAAGAGCCACACCAGUGAAGAUGACGGUGAUCCAACUGAACAUAGACGAGUAAAGAUGAAGAGAGGUCAUGAACUCGAUGCUGAAGAGAAUCCAGUUGUGGCAUUAGAAGAUGCAUACUUAGCUCUUGGCUUCAAGUACCAUGCCAGUAAAAACAUUUCAAAAUUAGGGCAUGCACAGUAUCGUAAAUUCACUGAGCUGACGUCCAGACACGUUGACUUGCAUCAGCCACCAGCUACCAAAAAUAAACACAUAUUCUUCAGUGAAGAAGGAGACGUUGUAAAAUUUAAGAAGAGCAGAACAUUAGAAAAGGUACAAAGAUUUUUAAAACAAAUUGUGCCUUCAAAUGAUCCUCUUUCAUCUGACACAGAGACUCCGCCUUGUGUGGUACGCAGCUCUGAGGAAUGUAGCAACUCUGAGCAGCACCACAGUCCUGAAGCAGAGAGCUCCACUGUAUGUGAAAAGAGCAAUAGGGGAGAUGGAGAUGAUGGAACUUGUGUUGAUGAGAAAUUCAUAACUUGUGUCAGUGAUCCCUCCAAAUUGAAUAAAUGCAUUAAAGGCAACAAUGAAGAGCUUCCUGAAAAGUAUGAUAUGACCCCUGCUUCUCCCAAAAACUUUGAACCAUUUUUUGACAGACAGCUGGUUCCUCUGGAUGUACCAGACUUUCUUCUUCAUGCUACUGAUGUAACUGAGAGGGAUGAUGAAUUGCAAACUACAAAGAAUGUUAGAAAGGACAAAAAGAGAAGGAAGAAGAAAAAGAAAGUUAUUGAUAUUCCCCCUGACAUAGUAGCAGUUCCAGAAUUGACCAAAUACUGGGUCCAGCGUUACAGACUGUUUUCGCGCUUUGAUGAGGGAAUCAAACUUGAUCAGGAAGGCUGGUUUUCGGUCACUCCUGAGAAGAUUGCUGAGCACAUUGCCAAUCGUGUCAUGCAGAGUUCUCAAUGUGAUAUCAUUGUUGAUGCAUUUUGUGGAGUUGGAGGCAAUUCAAUUCAGUUUGCGUUAACUGGAAAGAGAGUGAUUGCUGUUGAUAUUGAUCCUGUGAAAAUAGACUUUGCACAAAACAAUGCUAGAGUCUAUGGAGUGUCUGAACAGAUUGAAUUUAUCCUCGGUGACUUCAUGCUGCUGGCUUCUGACCUAAAGGCCGAUGCUGUUUUCCUCAGUCCUCCGUGGGGAGGCCCUGAUUACGUCAAUGCAGAAAUCUUUGACCUGAAGACUAUGAUGUCUCUUGAUGGCUCUGAAAUCUUUGCACUCUCUCAGAAGAUCUCACCAAACAUAAUUUAUUUUUUACCUCGCAAUGCUGAUGUGGAACAGUAAAGUAUACAUUAAUUUGGGCCUGAACUUUGAACUGAAUGUUCUGAAGAUUGACAGCAAAAGAUUCAGCAGUGAUUUAAGUUAGUUGCUGGAUGAUACAAUAAUAAUCUUCAUAUGCAAAUUACAUUUGAGAUUCAUUUGCAGGAAGCAGCAUUCUUCACCUCCCUGGAUUAUUUAAUAUCAUGAUAUUAUCAGAAACUGCAGUGUUCAUUAGGGAAUUUUGAUGACCUGGUAAAGCCUUGUGAAGUGAAUGUCCUCGUUUGCUUAUGAAACUACAAUCAGGCUUUGGAAAUUCCAAGGAAUUUCUGGAACGCAGCAAUUUGACAUUGGAAUUGCACCCACUCAGUGAUGUUGCCUGAAAACAUUUACAAAAUUAAUGAGUCAGUUGAAACUCUUGCGUGAUAAUGCAUCUG